GCACGGGUACCUUUGGGCGUGUUCAUCUGGUGAAAGAAAAAAUGGCCAAACGUUACUUUGCACUGAAAGUAAUGAGCAUUCCUGAUGUCAUUCGACUGAAGCAAGAGCAACAUGUGCACAAUGAAAAGUCAGUCUUGAAAGAGGUCAACCACCCCUUUUUGAUCAGAUUAUUUUGGACCAACCAUGAUGAACGUUUUUUAUACAUGUUAAUGGAAUAUGUGCCAGGAGGAGAACUUUUUAGUUACCUGCGCAACAUGGGGCGUUUCAACAACAGCACAGGACUGUUUUACUCAACAGAAAUUAUUUGUGCAAUAGAAUACCUGCACUCCAAAGAAAUAGUUUACAGAGACUUAAAACCUGAAAAUAUAUUACUAGACAAAGAAGGACAUAUCAAGCUUACUGAUUUCGGAUUUGCUAAAAAGCUGGUGGAUAGGACAUGGACUCUGUGUGGCACUCCUGAGUACCUUGCACCAGAAGUUAUACAAAGCAAAGGCCAUGGAAGAGCUGUGGAUUGGUGGGCCCUGGGAAUUCUUAUAUUUGAGAUGUUGUCAGGGUAA